CAGGCGAGGGAUAGGGAGAGAGAAGAAGAUGAGGAGCUAGCGGAAUUUAUAAGAAACGAACUCAGAGAGAUAGAAAAGGCUGAGGAAGAAGCACAAAGCAUUGGAAGAUGCUCCAGGAUUUCUUCAGGAACACUCCAAACUCCAGAAGAACAGCAAACGGAGCAAGGAAAAGCCCCACAGCUUGCGACGGAAUAUGACAUUCUCUGCCCUCUGAGCUCCGGCAAGGAAUUCCAGAAAAUGAAUGAAACCACUCCAAAGCGUCCAACAACGGCCAAUAUCCCACCCCGGAUGAGACGAACAGGAGGAUCUCCACAGGAAACGCCCAAGAAAGCUCAUGUAGAGCACAUCCCAAAGUCCAGGAAGGAAUUAUUCCCAGCAAAGAGAAAAUAUCGUCUUGUGGACAUUUACAGGAGAUUCUUUGGAGAGGAUCCAGUGGAUUCGCAUCAGGCUGAAAGUGACGCCUACAUCUUAAUGAGGUGCGCUCUCAGAGAAGCCCGGGACUUCCUAGCCAUCUCCCAGACCUAUUCCAAACCCUUUGCAAAUGUCCCUAUUGACAAAUGUAUUUACUAAGAUUUACAAUUUGCAAAUAAAACUUUUAUUAAUGUGAAA